CAUACACAAAUUCAUAAAACGUCAAAAGUAAAUUUUGUUUUGCUUCACUUUUGAUAAAUUUUCCUAAUUAAACGUUUUUUAAUGUUAAUUUCAUUAAAAUGUUAAUUCCAGAAGAUCAACAAAAGUACAAAAUAUUGGUUGAGAAACUAUAUCGAAAAUGCCAAGAUACUCAAACAGAAAACGAACGUUUAGUUUUGCGAAUUACAAAUACAAAAAAGAUCCUUAAAAGUCGCAUAAGAGAUGUUGAAAUCCUCAAAAAGCGUUUGGAUCGCUACAACGAUAAUUGGCGUCACGUUCCAAUGGUUGUCCCACAUCGAACUCGCAAAACCGAAUUGAAACGAGGUCCUAAACCGAAACCAAAAGUUCCAGGGGAAACUCGAGUUCGUGGACCUGGCAAACAGAAGAAAGCCAACCAAAAACAACAGCAGCAGCAGGAACAACAAACUCCUCCAAAUCCUGCGGCCGAAAACAACAAUACCCCAUCCCCGAAUAAAACGACUGAAUAGUGU